AUGCCCAAGCACAUCGCCAUCGUUGGAGCAGGACCAUCUGGGCUAAGCCUCGCAGCUCUGUUGCAACAUCACUCGAUUCCCUUUACCAUUUUCGAGCGAGAGAAGUCCACUAGCUCCCGCUUCCAGGGUGGUUCUCUCGAUCUUCAUCCAGAGUCUGGUCAAGCAGCGCUGUUUGAAGCUGGCCUUGAGGAGCAGUUCAAAAAGUACGCGCGCUAUCACGACCAGGACUAUCGUUUUGGGGACAAGAAAGCUGUUGCUUGGUUAUUCCACAAAGCAACUCCUGAUGCAGAUGGACGCCCAGAGAUAGACCGCGCAAAGCUUCGCAAGAUUCUCAUUGAGUCGCUCGACCCGGAGAACAUCAAGUGGGAUCAUCGACUCUCUGAGAUUGUUCCGCAAGAGGACGGUAGGGUUAAGCUGGUUUUUGAGAACCAGCCUGAACCGGUUGUGACUGACCUUCUUGUGGGGGCUGAUGGAACCUGGUCCAAGGUACGGCCGCUUCUGACGAGUUGGACGCCUGAGUACACUGGGCUGACAGUCAUCGACUGCCGUAUCUCUGAUGUGGACAAGAGAUUUCCAGAACUUGGAGAGUUCAUUGGCCGAGGCACUUCAUUCUUCCUCUCUGAAGGCAGUGGCAUUUUUAUACAGCGUAAUGGAGAUGACAGUGUGAGAGUCUAUCCCUGUCUUCGAGUCGAAGAAAACUGGCACUCAAAGGAUCCCUCAUUCGACUGGAAUGACGCGAGGAAAAUGACAGACUAUCUGAUCAAUACCUUCUUCUCCACCUGGGAUACCCGUCUCCAGGAUGUCAUUCGCAACGUGGACACGAACAUGACUCCCCGCGCACAAUAUCGCAUGCCUUUGGGUCUUCGCUACGAUCACCACCCUGGAUUGACUUUGAUCGGAGAUUCUCUACACGUGAUGUCUUGGUUUGCUGGAGAGGGUGCGAAUCUAGCCAUGUUGGAUGCACUGGAUCUCUUCCACGAAAUCAAGGGGCAUCCAGAUGAUUUGAAUCUUGCUGUCCGUCGAUACGAGGAAGAGGUGGUUGCCACUGGACGAGCGGAUAACACCAACGAAAUGUCGCAGGAUUUGCUUGUCAAGGCCAUGUCAGAUGAUGCUCCUCGGGCCUAUGUUGAGGGAAUGGCCAAGGCGAUGGAUGUUUGGUUCACUGAUGGGAAGUUGUUGGACAAGAUUGAUCGAGAGACUCUAUUCAAUAACUAA